AUGGCUAAACCGACAGCAAUAGCCGUUGACGCCCUUCCGAGGUUUCUGCUUCCUAGACUCAGCUGGACUGGUCCUGCGACAGCAUCCCAAGCCCUGCGGCCUGUUUCGGCACUCCCUCCGAGCUCGCGCCGUCGGAUGCACACCCGAACCAGUACUUUCCACGAGUCGAAUAUACCUUCGAGAUGCCGCAGCAAUGGCUUCAAGACCGAGCGCGCCUCGAUACUGGCGAGUCCGGGCAUCACAAGGUCCUUCCAUGCGACUCCUUCAAGACAACGAGACCAUCACUUUGAUACCUUGAAGUUCGUCCAGCGAAUGAAGAGCGAGGGCUUCACGGAGGUGCAGGCCGAGGCCACCAUGAAGGUCUUGAACGAUGUAAUACAAGAAAGCAUACAGAACCUCACCCGAACCAUGGUCCUCCGCGAAGACGCCGCCAAGGCAACCUACACGCAAAAGGUCGACUUUGCCAAGCUGCGCUCCGAACUCCUUUCCGCCGAUAGCACUGAGUCGAGCACGACGCGCGCGUCUCACGAGAAGCUCGGCAACGACAUUGCGAAGCUGAGCUCAAGGCUGCGCGACGAGAUCGGCCGGACCCAGGCCAGCGUCCGCCUGGACCUGAACCUGGAGAAGGGUCGCAUCCGCGAGGAGGCUGUCGGCCAGGAGCUCAAGAUCAAGGAGACGGAGACAAAGAUUGAGCAGGAGGUGGCGGCGCUGCGCGAGAAGCUUGAGCAGGUCAAGUUCCAGACGCUGCAAUGGCUGAUGGGAGUGUGUACCGGUUUCGCCGCUCUGCUUCUUGGUGCCUGGAGGUUGCUCAUGUAA